UCACUAGCAGUUCAGUGUUUUUAGUCAUUCUUUUCAAACGAAAUUAGUCAUUUCCCAUAUUUUCGCAGAAAUUUCAUCAAAAAUUUGUGAAGAGAUCGUUCAUCGAUAUGGUCAUUUGAUUUUGUGAGAGUGAAUUUGUGAAAAAAAAAUGAGACCAACAUCACUUGAUAGAUUUCGGGUAACAAGCCCACGACCUGCAUACGAAGCUAAUGCGAAUAAUGUCAAUGAAGAUUCCGUGGAUUGUGGCAUUAAAGUACUGAGGUGUUGCAAUACACCACGAUGGAAAAAACUUGGAACAACGAAAACAUUUUUAAUCGUUCUCAUCUUACUCGCUAUCGUUCAAGGAAUUUCAGAAAAGUUCAUUUCGAUUUCCGCUAAUCAAGCAGCAUUGGAACAUGACUAUGACCCAGAUAUCAUUGAGUGGUUACUCGUCUCCAACGGAAUCAUUCAGGGUAUCUUCGCCAUAUUGAUUGCUUACUGGGGCAAUCGAAUACAUAAAAUAACAUGGUUUUGUGGAAUGAUUGUUUUUCAAUCGUUCACUUGUUUGUUGAUCAUUUUCCCGACUUUAUUGCAUAAUGAAAGCACCCCGAUUGAGUCAACGUUUAAUCUUCAUUCCGUGAAUUUGUUGUGCACAAAUCACACAUCAGAGAGUUUAUCAAUGCCAGUUAUUUCGCAUGGAAUCACCACAUUGAUUGGAUUAUUUUUGCUUCAAACUGGCAUUUCCUACGGAUUCAUUGCGUUCUAUACGCUUGGAUUGACUUAUUUGGACGAUAAUGCAAUGGAACAUAAUUUUCCGGCAUUGAUUGGUGCCGCUUUAGCUGGACGAUACCUUGGUUUCUGCUUGGGCAACCUUUUAUCGUUUCUAACUCAUGGAGUAUCAUUGGGAUGGUGGCUAGGCUGGGCUAUUUUGAGUCCAAUCCUAUUCAUUUUGGCCAUAUUCAUCGGACUGUAUCCACGUAAAAUGAUUGAAUCGGUUGUUCGACAAGCAGCUGAUACAAUCGUUGAAACCGCAACCAAUAGCAGUCAACUGUCUUUAUCUCGCACCAAAUUCCUGUCAGACAUUUCAUUUUUCAGCUCCAUCUCAAGACUAUUCCGAAACAAAAUCUUAUUGCUCAACAUAUUUGCGACGGUUUUCAUUCAAACGGCUUUAAUAAACUUCACACUGCAACAAGACAAUUAUUUGCAGUCACGAUUUCUGAUGCCAGCCGAUGGUUCGAAUAUUCUGAACAACGAAUGGACAUCGAGAACACUGUCGAAACUCAUACAACCGAUUUUAGUUGGAUUAGCCGUUUUGAUCGGUGGAUUGAUUAUCGCUAAAGCAACACCAAGUCCAAGAAAAAUCGUUGUUUGGAAUUUGAUAACCGCUUUGAUUGUUUGUUUGCUUUUCGUCGGUUUUAUUUUCAUCGAAUGUUCGCACAAUUCAAUUGCCGGUGCAUUUGGAAAUAGGCUGAUUCAACCGUAUUGUUCUCGAAGCUGUAUUUGUGAUUCCGAUCUACGAUUCACGCCUGUGUGCCCACAAAAUAGUACAAAAACCUUCUUUGCUCCGUGUCAUGCGGGCUGUAGUUCAGAUCAAAUCGUCAAUGGUCAACGAACUUUCGGCGAUUGUUCAUGUGGAGCGAAUUCAGAUGAAACGUUGAUUAAUGACGGAGUCAUUUUUGCCACUGAAGGUGCAUGCGGCUAUGAAAACUGUCAGAAAAUGUGGAUUAUUUUUCAAGCUUUAGUUGCAUUUGGAAUGGUUUGCAUCGGCAGUCGUUUGGUGGGUAAAAUUUUAAUUUCAAUUCGAAGUGUUUUGUCACAAGACACAGCAAUCGCAUUGGCAUUGGAAUUGACGUUCGUUGGAUUGAUCGCGUACAUUCCUGGAAAAAUGGCUUACGAAUACAUUGCUGAUAUAACAUGUCAGUAUUGGUCGCAUACAAGUUCACUGUGCUACUUACACAAUUCACAAGAGUUUGGCAACAUCAUCAACAUUUUAAGUGCGGUGCUGUCGUUAGUUGCCGUUAUUUUGGAAUUUAUCAUACUGUUUUUCGUGAAGGAUCUACAACUUUAUGGAAAUGAAGAUGAACUACAAUUGACAGCUGGAGAAUUUCAACCUGUUUUAAGCACGAAUAAUAAUGAAACAGACGCUGUUCCACCAGCAGAGUCUCAUCUUCCACUUCUUAUUGGUCGUGAUCAUCCAUCGGAACCAACUUCGACACAGAGCCAACUACCGAUAAUUUCACAACCAAUUCCAAUUACAACAGUCGAUGAAAUUCCAACUCAGUCGGGAAUUGUGACUCAAGUUAAGCAAACGUUAGCGAAUCGUUUUGUGAUGUCGUCGCAAUCGUCAUCCGUUCGAUACAGUCCCGUUUAUAAGAAUCCAGAAAAUCAUAUCGAAGAGUUGAAUUUUCGUCUCAAGUCUAUCAACGAUCGUGUGUACAGCAAUUUAAGUGACGAUGGAAAUGAUGCCGUUGGUGGUCAGGUGCCUGAUAUCAAUCCAUCCGUUGGAAGUGAUAAUGAAAAAGAGUCCGAAUUGAAUAUUCGACAAUUAGAAAGUUCAGUCAGUUCAUUGAGUGGAUUGCCAAGCGGAAGCAGUACGGUGAACUCACCUGAAGCAGCGCGUAAUCCCCAGAAAUUAGCUAAAGAUUGGCAUAUUGAACGAUACGAAACCGAUUUUUAUUCAUCCAGAUCACGUAAUAGUACAUCAGCUGGUGCUGUGGUCGUUUUGCCUAAUUCCGAGAAUGAAACCACUGGCACAUUUAGCUUCCGUUCGCUCUUACUCGAGCUCAAUUUGAAUCGUCCUUCAUUCUCCGAUUCACUCUCUUCCGAUGCGAAAAGGUCAAUGCCAUCAUUGUUGUUGUCGUCAUCAGAAUUCUCGCUGUCAGACGAUGCAAUACUGUUAUUCGAGUUAUUGAAGCGUUUGCCGGGUGGCGUUCGACGUGGUGGUCUAUUCGUAUUGGUUCUAGGAUAUUUACGAUUUGGUGAUCGACUCAAAGUGCGUCGUCUUACAUCAGAUUUGGUGGCAUUCAAAGGAGAUCGUGUACGUCGUCGUCGUUCGUCUGCACGUGGUGAUCCAGACUUUCUCAAAUGUGUACCAUUGUCACGUUGUGUCGAUGGAGCGGGCCAUGUUCGUGACGGGUGUCGAUUGGUCGCUGGUGAAUUGGCUCUUCGAUUCGGUGGUGGAUGUUUUUUUUUUCAAAAAUUUUGUGAAUUUAGUAUGAGCAAUAUGUUUAUCCAUAGGUGGCUAACGUUCAUCGCAGUAGGCAGCUGCACAGCACACAUUGUGCAUUGCUCAUUCUUUGACUACUUCAGACUUACCAAACCAAAUUUGCUUGGCACUGAAGUCGACGCGCCCAUUAUACCGUAUGAAAUAGCAAAGAGUGAUGAGAAAUUCUUGCAAGAAGCAUCAAAAUUGAUCGGGGUGAAUUUAUCUGAGCUGGACUUGUGUCAUCACCGUGUAGUUUUGAAAUUGCGCAACAAUUGCCAUGAGUUAAAUGCAGAGCAAUUGGGCAAAUUGGCGGUCAUGCUAUUGAACUGCCAAUCGAAUUCAGAGGGGCGGACACUGUUUGAGUGUACCGAAAAUAUGUCGCUGAAAGAAUGCACGUCUGACAUGGACUCAGACACAUGGAACGCAUAUCAUUUGAUCACGAAUCGGGCGAAAGCUGUUUGUGUCGCUACAAGGCACGAACAAUUCAGAGGAUUAACGGAAAUAACCGUGAACAAGCUCAUGUCCAGCGCUCAAAACCAAAUUGCGAUGAUGAAGCAAUUGUCAGAGAAUCAGGAUACAUUGCGAGAGCUCACAUCACAAGCCAUGGAUGAUUUGGCCGACAAAAAUGAGAAAGUUAUCGACCAACAAAAGGAAAUUCUGCAAGUGUCCAAUUCACACCGCGCCCUUGUCGAGGGAAAUUUGCAUGAUUUGAUGCGAGAAAAGGCUUUGAUUCGAUCUGGCCAAGUGGAAGUGGCCCGAAUGAUUGAAACAUUAAAAACCAAACUCGAUGAGAGUGUCACGAAUUUAAAGCAACAAUCGAAGCAAAUGAAGGAUAACCAAGCUGCCUUAUUAGACGAUCUAAGCAAUCUACAAACGAAUGCUUUUCACAUAUCUGACAAAUUAAGCGACACCACUGAAUACAUAUUAUCGCAAAAUGAAAUCGCUUCGACUCAAUUCGAUCAAACCAUUCAACGCUUGACUGAAAUCAAUCUCACAAUUGAUAAGCUACAAAAGUUGAUGAAUACCUUGGAAAGUAGCGUAGAUGAAAAAUUAACUUGGAUCAGUAGCAAAUUAGGUGGUACGGAUGAAGCAUUGACAAAUAUCAAUAUGAUUCUGCAACACUUGGGGUAUUUGCUAUUCGGAAUGCUACUAUUGACAUUCGUUAAUGCGUCCGCAUUCUAUCGUCUAUUUUUCAUACUUGCCGUACCGUUGAACUUCAUUUGUAUACUGUUCGAGUGGCGAAAUGUAAGCCUCAUCGAAUUGUCCCAAAUUUUAGGCGCUGUAUUUGCCUGCGGUAUAACCCGUCAGAUUCUAUGGAAUGUUAAUUUAAAGAAUCCAUUUGUUCUCAACAAGAAGAAUGGAUCGGUAAAAACCAAAGCAAACUCACAGAAACAAGCAGAGACUGAACGAGAAGCAUCACAAGAAGAAGGAUACGAUGAAUUUGAUGGGAAUGAGUAUCGACGCAACAAUAACAACGACUAUAGUUUUGAUCUUUUGAGUGCGUUCAAGAAACGCCAUCGCGAAGGGUCAAUCACACCAUCACUGGCGAGCAAUCAAAGCUUCGACGCACGCAGCCUCACACCUUUCUCCAUAUCUCUAAACGAUCGUACACGUUGUAUAGCGCUCACGGUCAAAGGAGAUAGAUGCAGAAAUGCAGCCGUUUCAAACCAAAUCUAUUGCCGUCGACACGAGAAAUAAAUGAAACACAUUCGCAUUCAGAUGGCUCAUAUAUAUUCCAUUCGUAAAUUUUGAUACCAGUGAACAAUAUUACCACAUUUACCGAUGCUUAUCGUAUUAAGAUUUCUUUUAAAUUUAAAAUUAAUUUUAGCUAUAACUUAUUUCAUGGAUUGCGUUGCGAAGUUUUGCAUGGACUUAAUACCAGUGUAUUUAAGUAGUUAGACCAUUAUUUUUUUUUUUAACAAAUUCUGUAUUUUAUUUUGCUGUUUUUUCUUCUGUUUGAAUAAAAUCUAUAUAUUUUGGUUGUUUCAAUUAGGCAUUAAUUUAUUAUUGUAAUUUGUGUUUAAUUUAAUAAAAGUGGAAAAUUUGA